AUGGAAACUCAAUCGCUGGAUUCUCUCGAACCAAGUUUGGAGAUGGUUUGCGGAUACGACCCGCUCUGCCCUCUAGGCGAAGACGCUUACUUCGUUUCAGAGGAGAAGCAGGCCAUUGGCGUGGCCGAUGGCGUCGGCGGUUGGGCUGCGGAUGGUGUGGACGCCGGCGAGUACGCGCGAGAACUCAUGGUUAACGCUUCUGUGGCAGUCCAUCAGCAGCCCGAUGGAGUUGCGGAUCUAAAAAGUGUUUUAAACGAAGCUUUCUUGAAUACCAAGGCCAGAGGCUCAUCCACAGCCUGCAUUGUAAUGCUGAGCAACGACAAUAUCUUGCAUUCUAUCAAUGUGGGUGACAGUGGGUUUAUGAUUUUCAGGGCCAAUAGGCUUGCAUAUCAAUCGCCCGUACAACAACAUUACUUCAAUUGUCCGUAUCAGUUGGGAAACAGCAAGGGAUAUGAUCGGCCAUGUUCUGCUACAGAGACAAGAGAACUGGUUUUCCCAGGAGACAUCAUAGUUGUUGGCACCGAUGGGCUUUUAGACAAUGUGUUUCCGGCAGAGAUCGAGGAUGUUUUAGAUCGGGAAACUUUAGAAGGUGUGAACCCAAUGGAGUUGGCUGUGAUUAUUACGAACUUGGCGAGGAAUAACUCGCUGGACAUGGAAAGAGAAAGCCCAUUCGCAAAAGCGUUUCGAGCUCAGUCGUCAGGGAAUGGGUACUCGAACUACACAGGGGGAAAGCCAGAUGACAUUACGGUUGUCGUUGCGUACAUUGUACGACAAAAUAAAAAUAGAUUAAACUCAGAAGUUGAGGAAUAUUGA